AUGUCGCCGAACGAGCCCAUUGUUGUUGUUGGAAGUGCAUGCCGGUUUCCGGGCGGUGUUGAUAGCCCAGCAAAGCUAUGGGAACUCUUGAAAGAACCGAAAGAUUUGCAAUCUGAAGUUCCAAAGGAGAGAUUCAACAUCGACGCAUUCUACCAUCCCGAUGGCUCUCACCAUGGCAGGACCAAUGCCCGUCACGGAUACUUUCUCGAUGAGACACCGAGGGCUUUUGAUGCGUCGUUCUUCAAUAUCCAAGCCGGCGAGGCGGAAAGCAUAGAUCCGCAGCAGCGGUUGCUCCUGGAAACCACCUACGAUGCUGUGGCCGCAGCUGGAUACGGACUACACGAUCUUCGCGGGUCUGAUACCGCAGUUUACGUCGGCUUGAUGACCCACGACUUUGAGCUCGUCAAAGUCAACGACAUAAGCUAUAGCCCAACGUACUUCGCAACGGGUGCUGCUACAAGUAUCGCGUCAAACCGUUUAUCAUACUUCUUUGAUUGGCAUGGCCCUAGUGAAGGCGUUGCCACUGUGGUCCUGAAGACGCUUAGCCAAGCACUACUUGAUGGCGACUCCAUUGAGUGUGUCAUCCGUGAAACGGGCAUCAACCAAGAUGGACGCACAACCGGCAUCACGAUGCCGAGCCAUGUUGCUCAAGAGACCCUCAUUCGCGAGACUUACGCUCGGGCUGGUCUAGAUAUUGCGCAAGCUGAGAAUCGCUGCCAAUUCUUCGAAGCUCACGGAACUGGAACGCCAGCGGGUGAUCCUCAGGAAGCUGAGGCAAUCUCGAAAGCUUUCUUUGGCAGUCAGGACAGUUCAGACAGUGAGCGCUUGCUUGUAGGAAGUCUCAAGACCGUCAUUGGACACACCGAGGGCACUGCUGGUAUUGCCGGCUUGUUGAAGGCCUCACUUGCUGUACAGAACGGCGUUAUUCCUCCCAACUUGCUAUUCGAAAACCUCAGUCCCAAGGUUGCGCCCUUCUACAAGAACCUCUCUAUCACCAAAGAGGCUCAGCCGUGGCCAGAACUCAAGCCUGGUCAACCGCGGAGAGCAAGUGUAAACUCGUUCGGUUUCGGUGGCACCAAUGCCCACGCUAUUAUUGAGGAGUACAAGACCUCAGCUUCGAGCACGGAAACGACGUCGAAGCCAGAGUCUCAGGUCACUUCAGCUGCAUAUGCCUUGCCUCUUGUGCUUUCUGCCAAGUCAGAGCGAUCGCUAAAGAGCCUGAUGAAGCAGACUGCUCAGUUCAUCAAGUCUAACCCGGAUCGAUCCAUUCUCCCUCACCGUCAGACUGUCGUUGGAUCUUCCAGGGAAGCUAUGAUACUCGCCUUAGAAAACGCUCUUUCGGAAAACGCCAGCUCAGAGCCUACCUUGCGCUCCUUCGCCACCAGCCAGGAGAAGCCUCGUCUCCUGGGUGUGUUUACUGGCCAGGGUGCUCAAUGGCCUGGCAUGAUGAGAUCGCUCAUCUCAGCGAUUCCCCAGGUUCGCGACAUCGUGGUUGAGCUUGACCGCUCGCUCCAGACAUUGCCCGUCGAAUACCGCCCUUCUUGGACCCUGCACGAGCAAUUUUUGCUCGAGGAUGAGGCCUCCAAUGUUACCAAAGCCAGCUUUUCUCAACCGCUCUGCUGCGCUGUACAGAUUGUUCUGGUGCGGCUACUGGCAGCUGCUGGCGUUGAGUUCACCACGAUAGUCGGUCACAGUUCAGGCGAGAUAGCGUGCGCCUUCGCUGGAGGCUUCAUCAGCGCCUCGCAAGCCAUCCGAAUUGCUUACCUCCGAGGCCUCACAUCCAAGUAUGCGAGCUCCCCGAACGGGGGCGAGGGAGGUAUGCUUGCGGUAGGAACUUCACUAGAAGAUGCACAGGAGCUGUGCGAGCUGGAGAUGUUCCAAGGCCGUAUCUGCGUUGCUGCUAGCAACUCGCCUGACAGCACCACCAUAUCCGGUGAUGCAGAUGAUGAGUCCAAGUUUGUCCGCAUGCUCAAGGUCGAUAAGGCUUACCAUUCGCACCACAUGCUCCCUUGCUCGUCGCACUAUAUCGAGGCUUUGAAGGACUGCGGCUGCGAUGUCGCUGAUGGGGUCGGUUCUUCAGUGGCAUGGUAUUCCUCUGUGCAUCAGAACAGACGCACGAAGGCAAGCGACGUCACCGCCGAGUACUGGAAUGACAAUUUGGUUUCUCCUGUUCGCUUCAUGCAGGCUGUUGAGGCCGCCGCAAUCGAACAUAAGUCACUCGAUGCCGCCAUGGAGGUGGGGUGCCACCCGGCUUUGAAGGCACCUUGUCUGGCGACCCUCAAGACUGUUCUCUCCGAGGAAAUUCCUUACACGGGUUGCAUGCAGCGUGGUUCCGAUAACGUUCAAGCUUUUGCCAGUGCUGUUGGAUAUCUUUGGGAACGUCUGGGCCUGAACGCUGUCGACCCUGACAGCUUCAUCACCAAAGUGAUCGCGCCAGGAAAGAGUCUUCGAAGCCUGUCCAAGGCCUUACCACGGUACCCCUGGGACCACAGCCGGACUCAUUGGAACGAGACACGCGCGAUCAAGGCUCAUCUCUACGGUCAAAAGCCUCAUCUCCUUCUAGGCUCCCUCUCUGCUUCGAGCACCGGUUCGACAUCGCAAUGGCACAACACUAUUCGGCCUAGGGACCACGAGUGGCUACAAGGCCACGCGCUUCAAGGCCAGGCUGUGUUCCCCGCUGCCGGAUACAUCGUCAUGGCAAUGGAGGCUGCUCUCCAGAUGGCUGGCGGGCGUUCCGUUCAGCUACUUGAGGUGCUUGACAUGAGCAUUGAUAAGGCUGUUACAUUUGAGGACGAGAAUAGCCCGGCAGAGCUCAUCAUCGCGGUAGACACCAUUGUCUCUCAGCCAGACCAGAUAAAGCUCGGCUUCACGAUUGACUCGUGUCUUGCCAAAGAGUCAAAGCCGUCAACAUCUGCUACCGGUCAGCUCGUUGUCACAUUCGGGGACUCUUCUACAAAUGUCCUACCACCCGCAAACGACGACCCUCCGCACCUUACAACAGUCAACAUCAAGAACUUCUACCGUGAACUGGAUGAGCUCGGAUUUGAUUACAGCAAGGAUUACCGCUGCAUCUACAACCUCGCGCGCGCCGAUGCGAAAGCUACUGGUCACAUGGCCUUCCCGCGUCUUGAUGAUGGAUCUCGUCCAAUCGUGUUGCAUCCAGCUUCUAUGGACUUGGCGUUCCAGACCAUCAUGGGUGCCUAUUCAGCUCCAGGAGAUAAGCGCCUGAGGUCCAUCUAUGUACCUGUUCACAUUGACCGGAUCAGUCUCGUCCCCUCGCUCUGCGCUUCUGUUGCCGAAUCUGACUCGGCUCCCAUCGUUCACUUCAACACGGCAAACACGUACGACAAGGGUGACGUUUUGGCCGGAGAUGCCACGGUCUUCUCCUCGGGCGAUGAUAAGCAAGUUCUCUACCGCAUCGAGAACCUGCUCUUGCAGCCACUUUCCAAGCCGUCCGAGGCCGAAGACCAUAAAGCCUUCACCAAGACAGUGUGGGGCCCCUUGAAGCCCGAAGCACUCCUGGACAACCCGGACCUCUGGGCUACUGAGCAGGACAAGCAAGUGAUCCCCAUCAUUGAGCGUAUCUGCUAUUUCUACAUGAAGGAGUUUGUCAGCCAGCUCACUGAAGAAGACCGCGCCAACGCUACGCUGCCUCACCAGAGAUACAUCUACUGGAAUGAGCACGUCUCGGCCAAGGUGAAGGAGGGAACCUGGCAUGAGUGGUAUGAUCCAUCUUGGGAGUCAGAUACGCGCGAACAGAUCGAGCAGUUGGUUGUAGAGAACUCCUACCACCCUCACGUCAAGAUGGCGAAGAGAGUGAGCGAGAACACUCUCUCGACCAUUCGUGAGAAGAGCAACCCAUUCUUGUGGAUGGACCACGACGGAUUGCUGACGGAGUUCUACACGAGCUACUUGACCAGUGGCCCUGGCUGGCUGUACGGUCAGGAAUUGGUCAGCCAGCUUUGCCAUCGCUACCAGACGAUGGACAUCCUUGAGAUUGGUGGUGGUACCGCUUCGGCAACAAAGUACAUUUUGGACAUCCCGCAGUUGGGCUUCAACAGCUACACCUUUACCGACAUUUCUCCCGCAUUUUUCGAAAAGGCUCAAGAGCACUUCUCAGCACACGAGGAUCGCAUGAUCUUCCAGAAGCUGGACGUCACCAAGAAGCCUGAAGAGCAGGGUUUCAAGCCGCACUCGUACGACAUGAUCAUCGCCUCAUCUGUUCUCCAUGCCACCCCGAAGCUGGCAGAGACAAUGACUAACGUGCGGUCUCUUCUGAAGCCCGGUGGCCAUGUCGUUCUGCUUGAAGCAACUCACCGGGACCACACUCGUGUUGGCUACCUCUUUGGUUUAUUCCCGGAUUGGUGGGCCGGAAUCGACGAAGGCCGUGAUCUGGACCCCUUUGCAGACAUCAACCAGUGGGAUGCCAUUUUCAAGCAGACUGGAUUCUCCGGCGUUGAUACCCGCACUUUGGACCGGCAUGGUAAUCUCUUCCCCAACACCCUGUUCUGCACUCAUGCGGUCAACACAAAGGUCGCGCGUCUCGACGCGCCACUUUCCGCUCCUCCUACCGACAAGGCACUUCCCCAAAUAGUCGUGAUUGGCGGGGGCUCGUCGAAAUCAGCGCGGAUUUUGGAUGAGGUGCGACAGACGUUGUCCGGUCGGGAGAUAGUUUCUCUCAAGCGGAUUGAAGACGUCCUUGAGUCGAGUAUUCCACCCAAGUCGACCUUCCUUGUCCUUUCGGAGCUCGAUCAUGAGACCUUCUCCGGCAUCGAUGAGGUCAGAUUCAGCGCAAUUAAGUCCCUCCUGGAGCUCGCCGGCACUAUCCUUUGGCUCACUGAAAACGCAUGGAUCGAGAACCCCUACCAGGCCAUGACAGCCGGUAUGCUUCGAUCCGCUCGCCUCGAGUACCCCGCCACCCACAACCAGUCGCUUGACGUUGACGACGCUGAGAAGUUGGACACCAAUUUUCUAGUCGAGCAACUUCUUCGCCUCGAGGAGCCUACCGACUCGAAGGAAGACAUUCUCUGGACACUUGAGCCCGAGGUUUACGUUUCCAAGUCUCGUGCCUACAUUCCCCGCAUCAAGCACGAUAUCCAGAGAAACAACCGUCUCAACUCGAAGCGUCGUGCCAUCACCGCCUCAGUUGACUCCCAUACGACGCCUGUGACCCUCCUGGCGUCGGAAGACACUCUUCAUCUGGAGUCAUCGGAGACUUUCGGUGCAGUCUCAUCCGCGGAGAAGGACUUGGAAGUCAAGGUAGACUUCUCCCUCGGAAACGCUAUUCGUGUAGGCGAUCUCGGAUUCUGGCACCUCGUGCAGGGUACCAUCGUGGGCACGGACAAGGCAGUCAUGGCGCUUUCGGCUACCAACGCCUCCAUCGUCCAUGUUCACUCCAGUCAUGCCUUUGUUCUCCCAGCAUCUGAGGGCGUCGCUGAGAAUGCAUCUGUCCUGCUUUCAACUGCUGCGAUGCUUGUCGCUCAGAGAAUCUUCAAUGGCAUCGCUUCCGGCGCGUCGGUUCUCGUCAUGGAGCCGCCAAGCUUCUGUGUCGAUGCUAUCAUCGAGACAGGGAAGAGCAGAAACGUGCAGGUUCAUCUCGCGACAGCGGGAGCGCCAGUCUCGUCCUCGCUGCCAUGGAUCCGGCUGCACUCCCUGGAGACUGAUGCGGGCAUCAGAAAGGCUCUGCCCGUGAGUCUCUCCGUCUACUAUGAUUUCUCGGAGGGGGCGAGCUCCAUAACUAGCUUGGGCUCUCGUGUAGCCAAACUUCUGCCGCCCGUUUGCCUCAAGUUCGAUCGCGGCCACAUCUUCCAAAACUCCGCUGAAUCCAUUUCUUCACUUGGACAAGAUGCAGUCCAGCGGCCGCUGGUUGAGCAGGCUGUUCUCGCGGCUGCGGCAGAGGUUCCAAAAAGCGCUGCUUCUCCUGAGGCCGAUGAAGAGUCUAGCGUAAAACCCGUCGGCAGCAUCACUGACUUGAAGGAUGCGCUUGCUACCUCAACCAUCAUUGACUGGAGAAGCGAGAGUCGUGUGACAGCACGAGUCCGCGCCGUCGACUCGGGCAAGCUGUUCUCCCUCGACAAGACGUACCUCCUCUUGGGUCUUGCCGGAUCUCUAGGUCGGUCUCUGGCUCGUUGGCUUAUUACGCACGGCGCCCGCCAUGUCGUGAUCUCCAGUCGUAACCCCGAAACCCCUGACCCGAAGUGGUUGGCAGAGAUCGAGAACUUGGGUGGUAUCAUCACCGUUCUUUCCAUCGACGUCUCCAAGGAAGCCUCUAUCGAUGCUGGGCUCACUCAGAUUCGACAGACGCUGCCGCCCAUCGGCGGAAUCGCCUAUGGUCCGUUGGUACUUCACGAUGCUCUUCUGGCAAGCAUGGACCUUUCCAUGAUGAAUGUGCCCGUCAACUCCAAGGUUGUCGGAGCGCAGAUUCUACACGAACGCUUCUCAAACCAGGCCAAGGAUCCCCUUGACUUCUUCGUCAUGUUCUCGUCGGUUGCGACGGUGGGAGGCAACCCAGGCCAGGCCAACUAUACAGCCGCGAACUCGUUCCUCCAAGCCCUCGCUCAGAAGCGUCAUAUUCAGGGCCUCCCCGCAUCGACAAUCGCGAUUGGCGCCGUUAUCGGUGUCGGAUUCCUGUCGCGUACCGGCAGAGAGGAAGAGUUCAAGCUCGCUUCUGACACGGACACGAUAUCGGAAGACGAGUUCCUUACCUUGUUUGCCGAGGCGGUUGUCUCUGGAAGGCGAGCCCCAGGGCCUCAGCCAGUGGCCAUUACAGACAUAUCGGACCUCGAGGUGAUCACCGGUAUUCCCGAAUUCAGUGCCCGCCACAAAGACACCGUCAAGUUUUACGACGACCCGCGAUUCGGAAACCUGAAGGUUCCCGAGAGCCGUGCCAACACGGAUGGCGCCUCAGGGGCUAAGAGCUCUGUCAAGGAGCAGCUACUGAAAGCAAGGACACUGGAUGAGGUUCGCGAUAUCAUCAUUGAUGGCUUGUCGCAAAAGAUGCGCGGCAUCCUGCACAUCCCUGCCGAUGAGAAGGUCAACGCCACGACACCAUUGAUUGACCAGGGCGUGGACUCGCUCGGUGCAAUCACCGUCGGAUCAUGGUUUUCCAAGACACUUAUGAUUGACAUCCCGCUGCUGAGAGUCGUCAGCGGUGCCUCAAUCGCUGAACUUGCUGAGGAGGCGGCAGGACGACUCUCAAGAGCCGCCAUUCCCCUGAUUGAAUCUGCCGAUGGCAUCGUCAGCAGCGAAGAUGAUAGCCGCAGCGGUAGCGACUCGCCCAUUGACACAUCGAAUGCUACAUCGAUCUCAGACUUGAGGGGUGAAGACGCUGUCUUGGAUGACAAGACGGCCACUUCGCGCCAGAUCCCGCUGUCUCUCACACAAGAACACUCGUGGAAGCUCCUUCAACAGCUGUCCAACGAGCCGACCAUCUUCCAUAACACCAUCGGUGUGUUCAUGAAGGGUUCGGUAGACCUGGAUCGACUCGAUAAGGCCCUGAAUAAGGCCCUCCGCCGUCAUGAGAUCUUCCGCACCGCAUUCUCACCUGAGGGAGAGCAAGUCAUCCUGCCUACCCCGGUCACCCGCGCGCGCUAUGUCGAGGUCAGUGACAGGGCGGCAGCAGAGGAGGCCUACAAGCAGUUGGAGCAUGAACUGUAUGAUCUUGCCGCAGGUGAAGGACUCAAGAUUGUCGACUUCCACUGGGGCCAGGACGAGCAUCUGUUCGUCAUCGGCUACCACCGCCUUGUGGGCGACGGCUCAACGACGCAGAACUUCCUCGACGAAGUUGGCCAACUGUACGACGGUGCGCAACUUUCGGCGCCGCCGCAGUACUCCAACUUCGCCGCGCGGCAGCGAUCCGACGUCCAAAGCGGUCAGAUGGACGCCGACAUCGCGUACUGGACCUCCAUGUACAAGACCCUUCCCGGGGUCCUCCCAGUCUUGUCGCUCCCCAACGCCCAGAAGCAGCGAGACGCAAGCGACCGCGUCGCCUGGAAGCAACACGUCGGCACGCUCCGCCUAAGCGCGAUCCUGGCCUUCCGCAUCCGCGAGCGCUGCAAGAAGCUCAAGGGCGUAACGCCCAUGCACUUUUACCUGGCGGCCUAUCACCUGCUUCUCGCACGCCUCUCGGCCGCAGAGGACGUGGCCAUCGGCAUCGCCGACACCAACCGCGCCAGCAUCCAGGACGUUUCAACCAUGGGCUUCUUCGCCAACCUGCUCCCCGUCCGCCUCGCGCCCUUCGAGCCGGCGCAGACUUUUGCUGACGAGCUCGAGUCCGUCAAGGAGCGUCUGCGGCAGGCGAUGCAGCACGCCCGCGUACCCUACGGCGUCACGCUGGACCGCCUCGGCCUCGCGUCCUCGUCGGCGGAGCUGCCGCAUGCGCCGCUGUUCCAGGCCGUCUUCGACUACAGGCAAGGUGCCGCGGAGACUGGACGACUCGGCGGUGCUUCUUUCACCGAGAUUUGGGCUUCCCGCGAGCGCACGCCGCAUGAUGUUGUGCUGGAGAUGUCGGAUGAUCCGGCCAAGGAGCCGCUUGUCACGGUCAAGCUGCAGAGCUAUCUGUAUGGAGAGGAGGAUCCGAAGGCAUUUUUGAGUGCCUAUGAGGCGACCUUGACCAGCUUCUCGGAGAAUACCAAGCUGGCAGUCGCCCAGGAUUGA